GCUGGGUCUCAAAGAUUUUAACCUUUUUCUUCAGGUGCGCUAUGUUGGGACGGCUACUGUGUCAGAGUGCAGCAGUCCUCUGGUUGGUGCAGACGGCACACACAACGGGCUAUUUCAGCGGCGUAUUAAACAUCCGUGGGAAACGUCAGAAUGGUGGAGGUGUUGGAGGAAUUCUAAUGCCGUCAAAGGGUGUGGGUCAGGUGAUGGGCCUGCAGAAAGGAUACGGUACCAAAGGUUACGGUGCAGAUGCUAGCAUGCCACUUACAAAAGGGUAUGUGGCUGGACUAAAUGGAAAUGGGUUUAAAGGCGACGGUCAUAGUGCUGCAUUUGGUCCAUCUGGUCCCCGGCUGAAUGUUAAGGGAGCCAGUAAAGACAUGAAAGGAUUUGGACAUCCACACUACAGGUCAGGUCCAGGUGUGGGAACCUUCAGAGGUCUGGGAGCACCUCAUCCUGCAAGAAGACAAGAAAAAACAUAUGGGACUAACAAAGGUUACAAAGGUCAAACCAUGGGAGGUCACAACGGCGGGUUCACUGGUUUUCCUCUGGGAUCUCAACAUGAAAAUGGAGGAAUGAAGGGACCAAAGCCAGGUUAUGGAUACUCUCCAUGGGGAGCAAACAAGUCAUUGAAGUCAGGUUACAUCACGGCACCACGUGUGACAUUUACAAAGGGUACAGGUGCCUCCAGUGGAAAAGGCCAAAAAGGUGAAGUUCUGUCUCCCCAUCAGAUCUGGACACCCCAGGAAGGCGUCAUUCCCCCACCAUCAACAGCCUCAACUCAUCAGCCAACAGUUAGGUUGGCUCAAGGGAAGUAUCAAAAACUGCCUUUAACCACACUGCGAGGAAAACGCUACAAACAGCCACACCUAAUCCAGCCGGCUUCUCCACAACCAGCACUUACGAGUCCAGACUCGGCAACACUGGGAGGCUCACCGCAAGGCGAGUCCCUUUAA